AUGUCAGAUUUGCAGCCAUCCAGAGCUGGAGCGCAAACCAGACGCACAGAAGCUGCAGAAGCAGGCUUGAGGCAGUGGAUUCUCGGGACACUGCAACGUCUGGCCGGCGGUUCGCGAGCUGCAGGGCCAAUUCGGGCCAGUUGGCGCUUGAUUCGACGAUCGGUGACCGGUGCCGCACCUGUGCGGCUGGAUCCUUUCGGUACUGCGGAGCUUCUACACAAGGCCUUGAAGGAUCUUGCGCUGACGAGAGAGCAGCAGGAUGUGUUCGAAAGGGUCGUGGCCUGCAAUGCUCACUUUUGGCAAGUCGCUGUUGAUGGAUGCCUCGAUGGCUCCCCGCCGUGGCGGCGGCACGUGGCUCUCAACCUGGCCCUUCUUCGAGUCUACCACCGCCACCUCGCAGCCCUGCGCAUCGUGGAUGGCUUGUCACAUGGCUCCGUCCUCUCUCUUUCCUACUCCGAAGCUUUAGAGGCUCUGCGUUACUGUCGCUGGGCUCUUGCGGUAUAUGGCGGACGGGGGCUCCGUGAUGGGACCGAGAAGAUCGACUCUGAGGGUACGAGCAAGAUGGCAGAGCCUCCGAGCUCGAGCCAGCCGGACGAAGAGGAACGUGUGGCCAUGGCUGCUGCUGUAGCCGAGUGUGAACCUGAUGCCAUUCUCGUGUCAGACAUGGAUGAUGCAGCACAGGCCAGUGACCCGUUGUGCCCGCGAUUUCUGCUCGCGGAGGAUGUCCAACGCCGAGAGCUGAUUCUCUCUGUAAGAGGCACGCAGUCACUCUCAGAUCUCUUCGCCGAUCUGGUGGGCGAUGCAGAGGACUUUGCAGGUGGCAAAGCCCAUUCGGGCAUCCUGCAGACGGCUCGCAGGCUCCUGGACCGCUUGCAUCCACACCUCCAGGAAGGCUUUAGCCGCCUGGACGAACUGGGCAACAGCGGAAGCAGCCCAUCUAAGUCGAAGAAGCGCCUUGUCCUCUGUGGCCACUCCCUCGGUGCCGGAGUUUGCGAGCUCUUGGCGAUUCUGAUGCUUGGUGGCGAGGAUGCAGCCUGGACGCUACCAAAAGGCACCGAGCUGAAGGUCUUCCUCUUUGCGCCUCCUCCCGUCUUCGGGAGCGAGCCCGUGCAGCGAGCCAGCAGCUUCUCCCGGCUCUGGAGCUUCGGAUUCCGUCCUGCGGUUCCUUCAGCGGUGCAGAGGGCCAGGGAUUCCUCUCUCGCCUUCGCCAUGAACUACGACAUCAUUCCCAGAACAUCAUUGCACAACGGCUACAAGCUUUUCCAGGAAGCGAGGGCCAUCGACGACUUCGUUGACUGGGGCAAGAGGGAUGUCCUUCGCAAGUUGGGCCAAGUGGAUGCAGAAACGCAGGUGGCUGUGGCUCGCGAGCUCGAAGAUGCCCUGUGCAAGGGAGCAUCGACAAGGCCUGCAACAGGCAACCCGUUCCCGGUCCAGCACGCCGUCACCUCCCGGCUGUGCCACGUCCUGCUGGUACCAGGUGGGACUGCUAGCUUUUCUUCUUCUGGACAGUUGCAUCCUGCUGAAUGCAGAGACGGAGAAGAUGCAGUAGAUCACAGAGCCCACGGCCGCUGGGUGCUGAAGCGCUCAGAUCACCUGCGGCAGUGGCGGCGGCGCUUUGCAUGGAUUGAGGCUGGCGAGUUGUGCUUCGCAGUGUCUCCAAAGGAUCCGCUGCGAUCAAGCGUACCCCUGACGGCCGACAGCACGUUAAUCAUGCUGCUCGGACAGCCAAGUAGUCUGCCGUUCCCCGUUGGCAUGGGGCCGACGAUGUCCUUCCGUGCCAGCGAGCCCAAUUCAGGAACUAACACGGAGUUGACGACGCCAGCUGCUCGCGAUUUCGCAACGCCGUGGGCGUUCCGUGUGCAGACUGCAAGCACCUGGUCAGGCAUCGAGCUGCUUCCAAGUACGGGACAAAGGCAGGCUUUGCCUGCUGUCCGGAGUUGUCUGGCCGCCGAGGUCUUCCUUUGUACAGAAAGCGCAGCCGAGCGCGAUGCUUGGCUCGUGGACCUGGCGGCCGCCGUCCGCGCCGCGCGGCAGCGCUGCAUCCGUGUGCUGCCUGCGGUGCCUUCCGAAGACUUUGGCCGGGAGGCAUUGCUUGCGGACGGGUUAAUGAACGACCACGAUGCUGGGCGAUAUGAGGUCGCGCUUGAGGCCCUUAUCGAACAGCUGCGCUGCGUGGAGUGCCCGGAAGAGGAAAACAACGAGCUGCCCAUUCAGUCAAUAAAUGCCACCACUGUGGACAUAGCACGGGUCUUCCGUCGGUGCCUCAUACUCUCAUCGGCAGUCAUGCGGAUGGACUGCGAGGGUUCCGAGUACGAGCUCCUCAGGCAGGAGGCAUUUGCAAUCCGAGCCGUAAAGUGGAGCUUCUUGGAGUUCUCUUCCAGCCGAGCCGAAGUGAUCUGCUGUACACAGCACGAGUCCACAGUCAAAGCGGCUCAUGCAAUGUCUCGACCGAAGCUGAAUAGGUUUCGGACUUUCGACGUGAUUCUGCCAUGGCUGCUGGAGCCGUGUGGAACGGAGGUUUAUGUGGACACUGGCUACCACAAUACAGCAGAAAGCCUUGCGCUUUGGCCAAAGCAAGACGGUGUUUGCCGUUGGUGCCCAAUGCUGUAUGUUCCCUUUCAGGGGGCGAGUCCUCGUCGGUGCCCAGCAGCUUCAAUAAGGCAGUGCUUUGAUGCCACCUACACCUGCGAGCGCUGUUGCAACGUGGAACGGUUCGGGCCUCUCGGUGACCUGGACUGCUGGCGGCGCGGCAGGCAAGCUUUGGCUUCAGCCAAUCGGUUUGGUGAGGGGACGGCGAAGCGAUUCUGCGAUUGGUCGGCCACGCCGCCCCAUCCAGCGAUUUUCUCUUACGAGAUGUGCUGUGCAAGCAUGGUUGGAGAGUUGGUCCCCGGCCUUUCUCCGUUCUUCCACCACCAGAGUUCCGGUGAAUACUAUGGAGCCGACGUCCGCGCCCAGAAGCCGCAAGCCGCCCGACCUUGGGCCGUCGGGGCUGCCACAGAAGCGGUGCGCGGUCACACCUCCAAGGCUUCCAAGGAAGGGUGCGCCAACUUUGAGGGGUUGUACCAGGACAGCGGCGGUGGGGUGGUUGAGGUGUCGCAGAGGAACUGCAAGAUCCAAGCAAAGAAUGCUGCGCAGCGGUGGUCCACGGAUGCCAAAGCGGACGGCAUCCAGGUGUUUAUGUGGGAUGUUGUCGGGACACUCAGAGACGGUUUCAUCUCCUGGUCGAACCAGGCAACCUGG